UGCCUGGGAUUACCUCACACUCCCGACCGGCUUCCCCGCCCCGCCUGGUGGGGGCCGGCCCUCGGCCGCCAGCCCCCUCUCCCCACAUGCCCGAGGAGCCAGGGGCCAACAUGGACCUUCCUGUCAACAUCAGCUGAGUCUGGGAGCCUCAUCCCGGGGAGGCCAUGGAGACGGACAGCCGCCCGAAUGCUUCCCCGGCAAGGACUCCAGCCCGGGCAUCACCUUCCAGGGCAUCGUCCGGCAGGUCCCCAUCCGGCAGGUCACCGUCCGGCAGGUCACCGUCCGGCAGGUCACCGUCCGGCAGGUCACCGUCCGGCAGGGCACCGUCCGGAGGGGCACCGUCCGGAGGGGCACCGUCCGGCAGGUCAGCACCGUCCAGCAGGGCACCGUCUGCCAGCUCAGCCUCCACAGCACCCCCUCCAAGGAGAGUGCACCUGGUCAGAGCAACACCUCUGGGGGCCACUCCCAUCCGGGCCUCUCCUGCCACGUCAGCGCCAGCCACCAGGGCUGCCAGGGAGACGCCAGGUGCCCGCUCGCCCAAGUUCUCCUGGCAGGAGGGCCAGAAGCGGCUGCCGCUCAUCGGCUGCAUCCUCCUGCUCAUCGCGCUGGUGGCUUCGCUCAUCCUGCUCUAUGGGGGACGAGAGCCCCAGAGUCCGAGAGGGAUUGCAGUCUACUUCUGGAGGGGCCACACGAGGAUCAAGUACAAGGAGGCGGUGGAGAGCUGCCCCCGGCACGCGGUGCGCUGUGACGGCGUGGCCGACUGCAAGCUGAAGAGUGACGAGCUGGGCUGCGUGAGGUUUGACUGGGACAAGUCUCUGCUCAGAGUCUACUCGGGCUCCUCCCACCAGUGGGUGCCCAUCUGCAGCGACAGCUGGAACAGCUCCUACUCCGUGAAGGCCUGCCAGCAGCUGGGCUUUGAGAGUGCUUACCGGACCAGCGAGGUGGCCUUCCGGGGCGCCGCCAGCAGCUUCUCCGUCUCCAUAUACAACUCCACCCUCCAGGAAAGCCUCUACAGAUCCGAAUGCCCUUCCCAGCGGUACGUCUCUCUCCAGUGCUCCCACUGCGGACUGAGGGCCCCCACGGGGCGGAUCGUGGGCGGCGCUCUGGCCCCCGAGAGCAAGUGGCCGUGGCAAGUGAGCCUGCACUACGGCACCACCCACAUCUGCGGGGGCACCCUGAUCGACGCCCAGUGGGUGCUCACGGCGGCCCACUGCUUCUUCGUGACCCGGGAGAAGGUCCUGGAGGGCUGGAAGGUGUACGCCGGCACCAACAACCUGCACCAGCUGCCCGAGGCGGCCUCCAUCGCCCAGAUCAUCAUCAACGGCAACUACUCGGACGAGCAGGAUGACUACGACAUCGCCCUCAUGCGCCUCUCCAAGCCCCUGGCCCUGUCCGCCCACAUCCACCCGGCCUGCCUCCCCAUGCACGGGCAGACCUUCAGCCUCAACGAGACCUGCUGGAUCACAGGCUUCGGCAAGACCAAGGAGACAGAUGAGAAGACGUCCCCCUUCCUGCGGGAGGUGCAGGUCAGCCUCAUCGACUUCAGGAAGUGCAACGACUUCCUGGUCUACGACAGCUACCUCACGCCCCGGAUGAUGUGCGCCGGCGACCUGCGGGGCGGCCGUGACUCCUGCCAGGGAGACAGCGGGGGGCCCCUGGUCUGUGAGCAGAACAACCGCUGGUACCUGGCAGGGGUCACCAGCUGGGGGACAGGCUGCGGCCAGAGGAACAAGCCCGGCGUGUACACCAAAGUGACCGAGCUCCUGCCCUGGAUCUACAGCAAGAUGGAGAGCGAGGUGCGCCUCCGGAAGCCCUGAGCCCUGCCUACCUCACCGCUGCUGCCCAGGCUGCGAGGCCGCCACGGCUCCUGCUCAGGCCCCGACCUUCUCCGGCCGUUCCCUGCUGCUGCUCAGCGGACAUGCAAUGUGUGUGUGCGUGUGCGUGUGUGUGUGUGUGCGCGUGUGUGUGUGUGUGUCUGUGCACGCGCACGAGCACAUGUGUGGGUCAUGCGUGCAUGUGCAUGUGUGUGGUUGCUCUCCCAAGGUCUUCAGAAACCAGGAGGGUGGUGGUCAGCUCUUCCCAAACCCCAGGCUGGACACACUGGGAACCACAGUGUGGCACAGGGCACACCCACGGGUGUGUCCGCACGGAGGAGACACGCCGGGAACUGUCGCCCUCCGACCUGGGCUCGGAGGCUGGCCCAGGACACGCAGUGCCCACUGCCUGGUGACAGCAGCGCUGUCGGGAUGGUGGCGGUCUCGCCCGGGCCCGGCUGCCCCUCAGGAGGACGCUCCGGCGCGCGGUGUGUGGAGCGGCUGCCGCGCCUGUGUCGACGGAUCACUGGUCGUGUUGGUCACGGCAGCCGGGUGUGGAUUGACUCUAUUUUUAUAUUUAAGAAACAGAGUUGGAUGUAUUUUUAAAGAUUCUCCCCAGAUGCCUGCCGUUGGGGAGCGAGCACGGUCACGCCGAGUGCUCUGCGGGCGCAUGGGCUGGCCGCCCCGGGCUGGGCAGGUUCCCGGCUCCGGUGCCUCCGCAGGGCGCGGGCCUCGGGGAGGCGCAGACCCAGGGCAGGGAGAGCCCUGGCGCCCACUCAGGCUCCUCCCAGGCAUGAGCAAUGGGUGCUGGUCCUCCUCGGGCCCGGAGGCGGGAGCCGCACACGGCACCCUCCCUCCCAGGGCUCUGGGACUUUGGAGGUUUUCCUCUGCUCUCUCCGUCCUUCCAUUUCUCUGCUGUUUCCGGAACUCCGACAUAAAGUUGCCAUGGAGAGAACU